CGCGCCCUCCGCAGCUAGAGCGGCUUCGCCUGCGGCGGCGGCGGUCGCGGCAGCCGGCCGUGCGGACGGCGGCCCGCUGUCAGUCCGCGCCCGUCCCGGACCGGCGGGCGAUGGUGCGGCGGAGCGCGCGGACGCGGGCGGCGCGGCGGCGGGCAUGAGGGAGGAUGGAAGGGCAGGACGAGGUGUCGGCGCGGGAACAGCACUUCCACAGCCAAGUGCGGGAGAGCACGAUAUGUUUCCUUCUUUUUGCCAUUCUCUACAUUGUUUCCUACUUCAUCAUCACAAGAUACAAGAGAAAAUCAGAUGAACAAGAAGACGAAGAUGCCAUAGUCAACAGGAUUUCGUUGUUUUUGAGCACGUUCACUCUGGCAGUUUCAGCUGGGGCUGUUUUGCUUUUACCCUUUUCAAUAAUCAGCAAUGAAAUCCUGCUUUCUUUUCCUCAAAACUACUAUAUUCAAUGGCUAAAUGGCUCCCUGAUUCAUGGCUUGUGGAAUCUUGCUUCUCUCUUUUCCAACCUUUGUUUAUUUGUGUUGAUGCCCUUUGCCUUUUUCUUUCUGGAAUCAGAAGGUUUUGCUGGCCUGAAAAAGGGAAUCCGAGCCCGAAUUUUAGAAACUCUGGUCAUGCUUGUCCUCCUUGCACUCCUUAUCCUUGGGAUAGUGUGGGUAGCCUCAGCGCUCAUUGACAAGGAUGCAGCGAGCAUGGAGUCUUUGUAUGAUCUCUGGGAGUUCUACCUACCCUAUUUAUAUUCCUGUAUAUCUCUGAUGGGAUGUUUGUUACUUCUCCUGUGUACCCCUGUUGGCCUUUCCCGCAUGUUCACAGUGAUGGGUCAGUUGCUGGUGAAGCCAACAAUUCUUGAAGACCUGGAUGAACAAAUUUAUAUUAUUACCCUAGAGGAGGAAGCACUCCAGAGACGACUAAAUGGACUGUCAUCAUCAGUGGAAUACAAUAUAAUGGAGUUGGAACAAGAACUUGAAAAUGUGAAGACUCUUAAGACAAAAUUAGAGAGGCGAAAAAAAGCUUCAGCAUGGGAAAGAAAUUUGGUGUAUCCUGCUGUUAUGGUUCUCCUUCUUAUUGAGACAUCCAUCUCGGUCCUCUUGGUGGCUUGUAAUAUUCUUUGCCUGUUGGUUGAUGAAACAGCCAUGCCAAAGGGAACAAGGGGUCCUGGAAUAGGAAAUGCUUCUCUUUCUGCUUUUGGUUUUGUGGGAGCUGCACUUGAAAUCAUUUUGAUUUUCUAUCUUAUGGUGUCCUCUGUUGUCGGUUUCUAUAGCCUCCGAUUUUUUGGAAAUUUUAUUCCCAAGAAGGAUGACACAACUAUGACAAAGAUCAUUGGGAAUUGUGUGUCCAUCUUGGUCUUGAGCUCUGCACUCCCUGUGAUGUCAAGAACACUGGGAAUCACUAGAUUUGAUCUACUUGGAGACUUUGGAAGGUUUAAUUGGCUGGGAAAUUUCUAUAUUGUAUUAUCCUACAAUUUGCUUUUUGCUAUUGUGACAACAUUGUGUCUGGUCAGAAAAUUCACCUCUGCUGUACGAGAAGAACUUUUCAAGGCCCUAGGGCUUCAUAAGCUUCACUUAUCAAAUACUUCAAGGGAUUCAGAAACAUCAAAGCCGUCAGCAAAUGGGCAUCACAAAGCACUGUGAGAUACGCAGCAGCACUCUGCCAUCGAGAGACCCGGGAGGCCCAACUCCCGCCGUCCCCGUCAGUCAGAAGUGACGUGCACUGACUGGGCUUCACAUUUAGGGCCUGGGCCUGGCAGCGCCAUUUCUUUCAUAACCUCCUAAGAACUUGGCUGCUGCAGGCCUUCUUCUCAUUUAACUGUGUGAUGGGCCCCACAGUUUCCAGCCAAACGCAGGCUUCGUAGGGCAGCACGUUUUUCUGUGGACACAUUUGCUUGCGGCACUUGGUACAGUCACCCGUAUGAGAAUGUUAGAAAAGGCAACUUCGGGGCUUCCUAAGAAUUCAGUUAAAUCCCAAUAUCUAUUUUAUUCAAAAUGGAGAAGCUGACGUGAAAGGCAUCCUUGGUACUUGGAUGCGAAGUGAAGGCCCUGCAAAGAUGUGGGUUUAUAGAUGCCAUUACUCCAGCGGGUGCGUUGGAACAGUAGUGUGCAAAUGCUAUUUUUCACUUCCUUGAAGAAAAAGACAAAAGUGCGUAGUUCUGGUUUAUAUUUCAGAAUGAUACUGAUUGGACUUGGAGUCAAGAGAAAAAUAUGAAAUUCUUUUGAAAACCUGAUCCGUGGUAGAACACCACGGGAAUACCUUCCACUGUACAGUGUAGUAAGCUACAUGGGAAGUCUUAUGUACUCACACUUCUCUGACCUCUUCUGUGUGUAGGAUUCAGUGUUACCUCUCAUGACAUAGUUGCCAGUGUCGAAUACCCUUGUAACUUAGAUUUUUGCCUUAUAGGCUAUCUGUACACUUGAUUUUUUUUAAAGCUCUUUUCCAAAAAUCCCUCAGUUCCUUGUGCUCCUGUGUCCAUUAUGGAACUACAAAUGCUCUGUGGUAGAAACCCCUUCUGUCAACACAUUCUUCAGGCCUUGGUUACUUUUGUAUAUGCCGGUUUAAACCUCGGAUUUAUAAAAGUACCAGUUUAACACCCAGGUACACAGUGUCAGCAUUCAUGAGGUAAGAAUAGUUUUUCAGUGUUUCAUGAUCUGAUAAACCAUUCAGUUAUGAAAUUGUAAAUAAUUCUGGGGAUGGCUUCUUGACUUUAAGUCCAUUGAAUAAAAGCUAUAAAACUGUACUUUGUGUUACCAUCCACUAGGAUAGAGUACUGAAAAUUGUGCAUGCAGAAAUAAGAGAUGAGCCCCUUUGCACACACUUGGUAGUUAUGCAGUCUCUAUAAAUACGUAUGUUCACAUGCACUAUGUGUAUGGCAACAGAUUGUCUGUGUUCAGACAAAAGUAAAAGAACAUUUUCCUCAAAUUGUUGAGCUUAAAGGGGUUUUUUUGGAGAAAUUUAUGAAAAUCAGGCUGUAUAUAUUUGACAUAAAAAAUUUCCACUUAGAGCCAAAAUAAUAAGAAAAGUUUAUCUGUGUAUUCCUAAGUUCCAUUGAGUAUACCUCUCCUUUAUUUAUACCUCUGCAUUUCCUUCUGAGCUUCUCUUCCCAUUAAAAUACAGCCCAGUUUUAAGAUAAAAGAACAUUUUGUGAUUCUAAACAACACUCCGUAAAUACCACCAGUCUAGUAUUGGUGAAUUUCUCUGCAUAGGAUCUGCAUACUGAGAAAAUUAAUAGAAACUGGUUGUUUCCUAAUUUCACUGGUAAUUACACCUAUUUAAACAUUAAUUGCAAGCUUUGAUUUUUACUGAAACUUGCUUGCAGGCAAUCCAUAUUUUGAGCAGACUAGGUCAAGGGGAGAAGAAAAAGAAAGUUCUUUAAAUAAAAGAGCAUCGCUUGUAACUUACACUGGUUUCCGGGCACAUCCGUAGGAAGUUCUUGGGUAUUUGUAAGAUGUCUGAAAAUUUCUGAGUAAAAUAUUAAACUUUUCAAUGUCUGUAUCAAUUCUUUGUUCAUUUGAAAGUUUCUUUCCAUCGGAAAACUUAGGCCAGGUUUGAUUAGUAAGCAGUGAAAUGUAUUCUAAAGUCCUACAGCUGUUACUGGGUGCGUCUUCAUUGCUUUUGAGACAGAGGAUACGCCUCACAUGGAGGGACAGUUUUGAACCUUGGGUCUCAGAUGCCUUUUAUGGGAACAAAUGCAGGUAGUUAUAUACUCUGCUGCAUGAUUACAACCACUUCCGGGGUUCUACAAAGAGUAUAUUCCUGGUUACGUACACAGAGUCUUCCUCUUGAGUGAGGGACUUAGCAAAUGCAUGUGCUUCCAUUGGACACACACUGGAGGCUGGCUGCAUGAGGCCAUGACGGAAACUGGUGGCGCCACACUGAGGCCAAGCACUUGAAGUCUGGCAAGGACAGGCGCCCCUCAGGUCUUUGAUUUGUUGCAGUUACUGUGCUAGCGAGGGAGGACGCAGAUGGCCUGAUGCCAGAGCGCCCUGUGCCCGCGGUCAGAGUGGCCCCGGGGAUGGCCAUUCCGUUCUCGUUGGGGGGCGGGGUCUAGGUGACUGUGUGAAGUCAGAUGCUCCGUUGACUCUUUCUCACCUUUGGAUCAACUUUAAAGGGGCAUUAGACACUGUAGUUAAAAAGUUUCUUGAGGAGACUUGGCCAAUUCUUCAUAUUAAUUGGUUCUGCAAUACUUAUUGUAAAAUUAUAAAUUUUAUAGGUUAUAACAUUUGUAAUUUUUACCGGCUUUUCCAAGAUAUUUCUUAGAUUUAGUAUUUACUUAGCUUUAUAUAUAUUCUAGAUAAAAAUAGACCUGCUCUAAAAGAAGAGACUUAUGUGAGAAUUGCACGCACACGCACACUCACGCACAUACAGGUCAGCUCCUUCAGUGCCACGCUGAGAGACUGGUUAGUGGAUGAGCGUGAAAUCGGCUGCAUGGUUUGACUCUUGGAUGUAUUCAAGGCGUGUAUGGUGUACACCUGUCCUUAGGCCUUGCUCUGCGGGAGCACAGUAGACCUCUCUGUGCCUCCAUAACCACUUAACCUGCUAGAGCGUAGGCUUACAUCCCUGGAAAACCCUAUGUAGUUUUCUUUGUUGUUAGCACAGUAUUUAAUGUAUAAAGGCGGAGUUCUUAAAAUGAUUUUUUAAAAAUACGAGCAUAUAUUCAGUACUGACUUUAAAAAAACUGGUAUGAUGUUACUUUUAAAAUAAUGUUUAGAUGCACUGGUAUAUUACUUUUGUUUACAGUAUUUUGUUUACAGAUUAUUUUUUGUGUUUGUUUCUAUGAGAUACUUUUAGUGUGACUUUUUAAAUGUCUUAGAAAUUAAAAUUUUACAAAAAGUGAUUUCAUGUUUUGGUUUAUAAGCAUUCAAAUGUGUUUUUGUUUUGGCUUUAAAUCUUAAAUACCAUUGUGGCUAAAACUUUAGGGUGUAUGUAGGUAACUUCCAUGUCAAUGUUAUAAAGGGCAGUAAUGGUUCUGGUGAGAUGUUAGACUGAGGAAGAAGUGAAUGUUUUCUCUCUCUUUUUGUUGUGGAGUUAUUGGUAGAUGAAUUUCUUUGAACCAUUUGCAACUAAAAUGUAGCAUCAGCAAUUGAAAUCAUGUGUGUCGUCUAAUUGUUUGAGUUACUUAGAUAUAUUUGAUUCUUCUAAUCUUUUCCAUAAAAGGACUGAGCCACGCCUACUUGUGGUCUGGGCAGCUUAAUCCAGAGCUCUCAGAAGAGUAAAUGGCAUUGCCAUCUGGUGACUUAGACAGAAGCCUUUAUAGCAGUGGCUUUCCAGCUCUCUGACCGCAGGAAGAAAUACUGUUUACACUGUAACACACACACACACACACACACACACACACACUUCUAUACAUGUAAACACUUAAUUAACAAAGUAGUACCUACUUUUACUGUAUGUGAUGCGUGCUGGCAUUUUCUGUUCUCUUUUUUAGAAUACUAGACACAGACCACACUAAUACUAAUGAAUGGUCAACUUUAGUUUGAAAAACGUGACUUCCGGGAUCUAGUUGAAGGAUGAAGGAACACAAACUUUUUUUGGCUUUUGAAUAUUAGGUAAAAUUCAUUAUUGCAAAUACUACUGAAGCAAAAGUAUUAUCUGUGCAGAUUACUUGUUGCACUGCAAAUAAUGUAAUUAAAAUCAAUAGAAAUUGCCGAAACUCUAAAAAUGGAUUAUAGAAUUUCAAAACUAGGUGGUUGAUCCGUAUUUCUUGGAGGAGUAGAGCUGGGACCUAGUUUUGAAGAGAAGUUAUUUAAUUUCCUACUCUGUGUAAUUCAAUUAGGUAAAAGUGUUUUCAAGUUCAAAUGUGAUCAGAUAGGAAAUUCAGACAAACCCAUUUAUUCUUGAAUGUGUUUUGGUAUUCUGUUCUUCCUAAACAUACUGGAGAAGUCAAGUUCACAAGUAUAAGUUAUGCAAAGUAGGGUAGCAGCACCCGAUGUAUAUGAUUUCUGAGGAUCGAUGUGAGCAGAAGGAUCUUUAGUGUCUGAAUGUGAGGAGGUAGAGACUUAAAUAUGAAUCCGAGGAAGAAAGUUUUAUCAGUUAUUAAAAAUCCCAGGUGAAUGUUUCAGUGUCUUCUCUCUUGGAAAGCUCUUACUUACUCUAAGAUAGACUGCUGACCAACAGUGGCCUCUGAGAACCCAGGACAUGCUCUAGUCUUGAGUGCUAUAGCUUUUCUGUCAUGCCGUGUAGCUGGUAUGUUAUAUUGAAUGGCUAUAAGUCCUCACAAAUAGCUUUUUACAUAUAUCUUAGCACAUUGUUCUAUUAUUGCUUUAGAAAUUAGUGGUGAAAAACUUGUUUUUUUCUGUACUCUCAGUACUUCACUUUUAGCCACCAAAUGUGUGCGGGGUUUUUCUACCCAGGCUGUUCUCCCAGUUGUCUGUGGAUACCACAUCAGUGACCUGGAGUUUGAUUUAAUUCUGACACUAUCUACGUGGAGUCAGUGCAGCCCCUCAGUCCCCUAACAUUGGCUCCCCACCCCCACUUCAGAUGCCAGUCCCAAGUCCAGGCUGUCCCAUGUGCUUUGACCAAGCAGCUGUAAAUCAGGGGUUCCCACCACCCCCUCUGGUUCAGGGACGUGCUAGAGCAGCUCACAGAACUCUGGGACACAGUUUACUUACUAGAUGACCUGUUUAUCCCAGGGGGUACGCCUCAGGAACACCAGAGGGAGGAGAUGCACGGGACCGGGGAUGGGGGUGUGCACAGAGCUUCCGUGCCC